UCAGCCCUUAGCCACACACCCUCCUGACAACAUGAGACCCAGCAGCUUCUUGGUUCUGGCGGUUCUCCUCGUCCUCGGCAUGCUGGUGGGACAGGCAGCUGUCAGUGGAGUUCCUUAUAGAGGUCAAGAAGCUGACCAAGUUCUGGCCAAAGGACAAGUUACACGUCCAGGCAUGGGGCAUGGUCCAGUCAAACUUCCAUCAAAGCCUGGCUCCUGCCCCAGGAUUCAGAUGCAGUGUGCCAUGAUGAAUCCCCCUAACGCCUGUAUGAGGGACUCUCAAUGCACCGGGAACAAGAAGUGCUGUAUGGGCUCUUGUGGAAGAGUCUGUAUGACGCCCAAGUGGAAUAAGAACUGAAUGGAGGAAGAGGUGGAGCCUGCUCUUGCUGCACCGGUGAAGACCCAGGACUGCAGUCCCUGGUCCCUACAGCAUUUGAAUGCCUUUCUCACAUGGCUCAUUCUUCCUCUCAUCGAGGUUGCCUAAACCUGGGCUGCUUCUCUCAGUGAUUUCCUAAUAAAAGACUGCUUUCUACUCCA